CUGUCUCUCGGGCAAAUUUUUUCCAAAGUGAGCAGGCAAUGUAACAUCAAGGACAGUUCGUUGCAUAUGUGUAACUAUUCUUUAUCCCCCCGAUUGGGCUUGCAAAGCAUCUGUUGACGGAAGUUCCCCAAGAGACCACGGGGAAGUUUUGUUCACUUGGUGACCACUCUGGAAGACGAACAUUAGCUCGAGUUGUGGACGAUCUUUUUGUUUUGAUAAACAAGCCCUCGGAAUCAACGUGUGCAACAAUUUGCGGACCAUUCCUGUUCAUAAUUGGCUUAUCGGUAGUCAUAUUGCAUAGUAAUGGAGUCAAGUCCCUUGCCGUCACUUGUCGGGACAGACAAACCGUCCUUGGUUAGACCAUAUCUGCAUAUUCCGCUGAGAAAUUUAGCGACAACAAACAACGCCAUGUUAUCGCCGACUAACUCAGAAUAUGGAACAGUAGGCUCUCCGAUGAGUAACCUGGCAUUAAAUCUCAGUGGUUUAAGCACGGAAGGUUUCGGUGACACCCCCAGGCGAAAGUUGUCACUGUCCAGCACAGAAAGCACUCCAGUGAUGACCGGGUCAACUCCAGACACUGCCAGCUCUGUUGAAUCAGGCUGCUUCAUGGAUUCCCCUGGCAGUACCAUAGAUUCCCCCACCAUAGAAAUGAGCCUGCAGAAACGUUUCCCAGGAAUAAGUUUGAGGAUCGAUGAUGGGUCUGGAGGUUACAAAAAACAAAGGUCUCUUCCCUUUAGAAGACUCAACUCUUUACCAAUGCCAGCCUUCAGACUGAGCCCUGUUGAUUUCCAUGAGAAGGAGAAUUCGGGGUCAGCCCCCAUGGAGACCUCGUGUAACUCCGGGGACACUGAUGCACCCACAUGCACCAGUCUACUGGAAGACGAGGGCUCCCAGGACAGUGGAGUUGGCUUUGAGAAAGACCACAGUGAGAGGUUUUGUUUUGCUGCUCCAGUUGGGAUGCCACCACGACGAGGAAGUCACUUGCGUGUGAUCAGUGAGGACACCUGCUCUCCUCAGAAAUAUUCACCUGUGAAGCAAGGGACAUCACCUCAGAAGUUCCGGUCUUUGUCCUUGUCGUCUGUGGGCUGCAUGCCUGAGCCACAACCUAGCUGUAGCAGUCCCAUCUCCCUCAAGACCUCUGCCCUGACCAGUCUAGACGAUGACAGUGACAAUGACGAUGGCUUUCUGGAAGUCCUGGAUAAAGAGGUUGCAGAGAUUAAUGACUGUGCCUUACCAAACAGUUUUGACAGUCUCUUCAAAGCCCCAGUUAUUAAUUCAUCAAGUGCUUGUAAAGAGGAUUCUUUCAUGAUCAGAAGAAAUCCAAAGAAGUUGUUGAAUCGCUCACAGUCGCUUGAUGUGCGCAGUCGUCUAUGUAAUAAGCGUCAGAGCCCUGGGAGAGAUGAUGACUCCACCCCUGUACAGAAACGAAGGAGAGGCUCAUGUGUGGCGGUGGGCACUGUGGUCACACCCCCCAAAGCCAUAUUGAAACGUUGCCACUCGGAGACAGAAGCUAUGAUCAAAACAGCACUGGACAGAGUGGUUGAUGACCCAGAUUUGAUAGGCGACUGCUCAAAAACAUUUUGCCUGCCGACAGUUUCUGGAAAACAUCAGGAUCUAAAAUCGAUCACCCCGGAAACACUGUCCAAGGUGAUCGACCAUGAGUAUGAUCACAUCGUAGAGCAGUAUUCCAUCAUCGACUGUCGUUACCCGUAUGAAUAUGAAGGAGGACAUAUACUGGGUGCUAAGAACUACUACACAAAAGAGAGUAUCCUCUCUAACCUGAUAGAUAGUCCUAGGAAGCAGGAGAACAGCUUCAAACGGUCCAUCCUCAUCUUUCACUGUGAAUUCUCUUCAGAAAGAGGCCCUAACCUGUCCAGAUUCUUGAGAAACAUGGAUAGAGGACAAAAUAAGGAAGUUUACCCACAGCUAUACUAUCCUGAAAUCUACUUACUCGAUGGAGGAUACAAAAAUUUCUUUGAAACGCAGAAGCAAUACUGUGUACCCCAGACCUACAUGCCUAUGCAUCACCAGGAUUAUAAAGAAGAGCUACGAAAGUUCCGCAUCAAGUCAAAGUCCUGGGCUGGGGAAAAGAAAAGCAGCCGAUCAGCACUUUUUAAAGGAUUUUAGCCUCAUUUUACUAGAUACUCCUUUGGUUUUUGCCAGGGACUGGCUGCAGACACUGUGCAUUGGUUUUUCUAAGUGCUCACUGUUGAUUUGUUAUUACCUCUGUAAUUGUUAACCUCA